CCCAUUCACGCACACACUAUAUACGUACAUAUAUGCAAACACAAAUGGUGUGUGCUUGUGUGAUAUGUAUCGGUAUGUGCGUGUGUGUCAUAGUAUGUUAAAUGCGUGAACGAACAGAUAACUGUAAUUAUAUAAAACUAUGGGUGAGAAUAUUUUACCUCACACUCAUUAUUAUCGUUGGCAAUCAAUGCCGUAAACAUACGUAGGCAUUUAAUGAGACAAUCGGGUUGAGUAGAAAUGUAAAUAUUUUAAUAGCGAGGAUGAGAGUAAAGGUGAUGGUGUCAGUUUAAACGUUGCGAAAAAGAGGGGGAAAAGGAAGCAAACUUGGGAAAGGCAAGGAUAGAAGAUAGAGAGACGAGGUGAUUCCAGUACAUGUAUGGGAGGAGUGAACAGGUAGACAGACAAGUUCAUAAAAAAAUAGAAAAUAUUUACUAAAUAACAGAAGGCAACACAUAAUCUAGGCUGACUAUCAAUUGGCCGAUGACACAGAUUGUCGACUUUUUCCAACGUUUUAUGUAUUCGUCGGCUGAUUUGACUGCCAGACUACUUUAUACUUGGUGAAAGGAAAAAGAAAGAAAAAGAUUGGCGCGACUGCACAGCGACAAUAGACGAAUAGAAACUUUUUUUUUAUUCUGUUAAUCACUUCAGGAUUAUUUCAUUCACUUUCCGGCUGUACCUUUCUUCUCACAACUUAAUACACACACGUGUGAAUAGAAGUAGUUAUGCCAGUUGGAACGAACUUUGAAAAAGUUUGUUACCUUAAUACUUUAUAAGCAAAAAAAAAAAAAAAGAACCAUACAAGAAAUAUAUGUAUGAAGUUAUUCUAAAGUAAGUUUGCCCAAAUUUCUUUUCUAAUAACAGCCGGAGGAAUUUUGAGUCAUUUCAACGGCAAUAUGGGGUUGAUAUCCUUAAAGUUCUUCUGUUCUCUCUCUCAGAAUGUUCUUUUACUAUAUCUAUUGUCUGUCAUAUCAUUUGACUGUGUAGUCGCUGGUUUAAUAGAUUCGGAUUCUUGCAAAGACAAAAUGAAUAUCAAAACCAAAAUUGAUAUGUCCAAUUUAGUGAUCAGUGGCACAGUUGAAAAGUUGGACCAGAGAUCUGCAAAGAAUGGAAUGUACGACUGUGAAAUUUUGGUGGGACAAGUUUUUAAAGAAGACGAUAGAGUACCCCCUAACCUGAUGGUAGAUUCCGACAGUAUGGUUACAAUCAAAGGAUUUGGAAGCACCAAAUUCUGCAAUAGUGAAGUGGAACCAAAAGAUACCAAACUGUUCUUCUUAAAAACUACCUCUAAAGCCUACAAACUUAUUGCUGGGAUCCUGCCUAUUACCUUUUCUAACCUUAAUCAUAUUACCGCUGUUUCGAAAGGUCAAAAAUAUUCUGAACCACAUACUGUGCAAACCAGAAAAAGUUAUCAAAUAAUGCCUGUGGAUCCAUGUGAUUCUCAUUUUUGUGCAUUUGGGGCUGAAUGCCAUGUUAACAAUACUGUCAUGAAACCAUACUGCAGAUGUAUUGAGAAAUGCAAUGACAUCUUUUCCCCUGUGUGUGGUAGUGACCAGGUCUCUUACACCAAUGAAUGCAACUUGAAAAGAUCAAGCUGUUUGAAAAAGAAAAGGAUUAAAGUCUUAAUUGCUCAAGCAUGUGGAGCAGAUAUGAAGGACCCAUGCGAACAGAAGAAGUGUAGCUUUGGUGCUGAAUGUGUACCCUCAUUAGAUGGGUUCAGUUACCGAUGCCAGUGUCCCAACCGCUGCAACACCUAUGGUGACAACAUUGGUAGCACCCCAGUUUGUGGAAAUGAUGGAGUAGAUUAUAGCAACAUGUGUGAGAUGCGCAAAGCAGCUUGCCAAGAAAUGAAGGACAUUAGAGUAAAAUAUUAUGGGAAAUGUGAUCCUUGUGAUGGGUUCAUUUGUUCCGAUCAAACAGUCUGUUUGUUGGAUGAUAAACGAAAGCCAGUCUGCCGUUGUAACCUGAUGUGCUCACUAGAUAUCGCAACAGUUUGUGGUACUGAUGGGAUCACAUAUAGCAAUGACUGCUAUCUGAGGACGGAAGCAUGCAAGAGUCAGCGAGACAUCAAAGUUUACCACCAUGGGAGCUGUAAAAAUCCGCCACCUGGACUGGUCCAAGACGAGGAUGUUAAAAAGUUGGAAAGGAAACUAAGAACAACUAAAUAUUAUUUUGUAAUUCCAAAUCUUUCAGGCACCAACCCUUGUGCGAACAAGUGCAGAAAGUACGAAAGAUGCAACAUCAAUCGACAGGGGGUAGCGGAGUGUGUGUGUCCCACCUCUUGUGAGCCGGUGCUGCGCCCUAUAUGUGGGAGUGAUGGAGUAACAUACGACAAUGAAUGCCAACUUCAGAAAGAUGCCUGCCAAAACGAACUCCCUAUCAUUCUAAAGCAGAGAGGACCUUGUGGUGUGAAGCAACCGUGCUUAAACCACCACUGCAAUUUCCACGGAGUGUGCGUAGUUCGUGAAGGAAGGGCUGAAUGUGACUGCCCAACUUGUUCAGAGGAAUUUGAUCCAGUAUGUGGCAUGAAUGGCAUAUCAUAUACGAAUGAAUGCAAACUGAGACUAGAAAACUGCCAAAAGAGGUCUGAUGUAAAAGUGAAACACAAAGGACUUUGCAAUGGUUGUGAAAAUCAACGCUGCGAAUUCUAUGCCGUUUGUCAAAGUGAUGGUAAAAAUGCCAAAUGUGUAUGUCCAUCGGCCUGUGUGGAGGUUGAGAAUAAGGUAUGUGGAACAAACAGGAUUUCUUACCAGAAUGAGUGUGAACUAAAGGUUGCUUCAUGUCGCGAUCAAAAACUAAUUGAAGUGGAAUCUCGUGGUGAUUGCAAUAAAUGUGCGAAAAUUCGUUGUCCAUUUGGGUCAACUUGUGAGAAUGGUAUGUGUGUAUGUCCUUCAGAAUGUCCUGCAGAUUUUGAAGUGCUUUGUGCCAGCAAUGGACAGGUCUAUAAUAAUGAGUGUGAGAUGAAAAGAUAUGCAUGCUUAAAGAAAACCGAAUUAUACAUUGUCAACAAUGGGCCCUGUGACGAAAUAUCAGGAUCUGGCAUUGUAGAGGGUUCUGGAAGUGGCUCAAUCUGUGAUGAAACUUCGUGUAAAUUCGGUGGUACUUGUGAAUUGUCUGAAGGUAGUAAUUACCACUGUACAUGCAAGAAUAUCUGUGACGCAAUCAGAUCAAUUGUUUGUGGUUCUGAUGGGAAAACCUAUGGUAAUGACUGUAUGAUGAAAUUAGAGUCCUGCUACCAACAACAGGAAAUUACUGCUGUAGCUUCUGAAAACUGUGAAGAUCUGGAAGAAGAACCUUGUGAUGGGAACAUGCCGCUUGUCAACCCCCUGACGGGCCAGGAAUACUAUUGUUAUGAUGAUAAAAACAUUUGUCCUGCAGGAAGUUAUUGCCAUAAGCGGGCAACAUUUGCUAAGUGUUGCCGUGAAGGCUCAUGUCAAUGUAACCCUCUAGGGUCAUACGGCACAAGCUGUGAUCCCCAUACACGACAGUGCGUUUGUAAACCAGGCGUUGGGGGUCUCAGAUGUGACCGGUGUAAACCUGGAAACUGGGGACUUCUCUCUAUAGUUAAAGGCAGUGCAGGUUGUAUACCAUGCAACUGUAAUAGAUAUGGCUCAGUUAGAGACGACUGUGAACAGAACAGUGGACGUUGUAUGUGCAAAAAUGGAAUCACUGGCAUGAAAUGCAACGUCUGUCCAAACAGGAUGCAACUUGGUCCACAAGGAUGCACUGAAAUACCACCAAAGUCUUGCCAAUAUCUGCACUGUAAAUACGGUGCAGUAUGCAAACGUAUCGAUAACCAACACCAAUGUGUAUGUAACAUCAACUGUUCUGGUUACCCAGACCUUGUUUGUGGUUCUGAUAACCAAACUUAUGGUUCUGAAUGUCAACUCAAACAAUUCUCUUGUCGUCUACAACAGCCUAUCAGUAUUGAACACAAAGGAAUUUGUAGUUUCUCAACAGAAUCAAGAAUGGUAACCUCUCCUACUCCCACAACAAGAUCAAGAAAGACAACCAGGCACAUCAACCAUGUUAGUAACGAAGUAACAAAAAUCAUUUUAACUAAGGCUACAGAAAGGCCACCAGAAGUCGUUGGCAGAAUCGAUGACUUGUGUCCCAGUGAAAGUGAUUGUGAUGUACCAAAUAGUCGAUGCGUACUAGGCAUCUGUGUCUGCAAAACCGGCUUCAUUCAAACUAUGGACAAAAAGAAUUGUCUUGAGGUUGUAUCUGUUCCUCCACCAUCACCAACAUCUAAUACAACCUGUACACUGAAUCCCUGUCAAAAUGGAGGAACAUGCCUUAUGGACAAGACACUCGGAUACCGAUGUCUAUGUCCUUUAGGAACAGGUGGAUCAAUUUGCAAAGACGUUGUAUCUUUCACAGUCCCGUCAUUCUCUGGAACUUCCUAUCUGAGAAUGCCACAGAUUAAGAAUGCUACAACUGAGAUGAGAAUUGAAGUAGAAUUUAAAAGUUUGAAUAAAGAUGGAAUUAUUCUUUUCAAUAGUAAAGAGGAAGAUGGUAGUGGAGAUUUCGUAUCUCUGACACUAAACCAAGGCUUUGUUGAACUUCGGUAUGAUUUAGGCAAUGGUCUGGCUAUUAUUCGCAGUGCUAAACCAAUUCGACUAAAUAAAUAUCACCAUGUUAUUGCUCGGCGCAUUGGCCAAGAUGGUUUCUUGCAAGUUGAUGGUCAAAGUAAUACUGCAGAAAGUAGUAGCCCUGGUGAUCUGACUUCUCUUAACCUGGAGUCACCUCUUUACCUUGGACACAUUCAAAACUUCACUUCACUGGUUAAAAGUCGCAUUGAUGUCGAAGUUGGUCUAGUUGGCUGCAUUCGGAAGGUAAUUGCUGGAAAACGACAGAGCCCUUACACCUACCGACUGGCAUAUCCUGAUGAACUCAGUGAUGUUAUUGAUGGAGUAGAUAUAGCUGAAUGUGGGAAUAAUCCUUGUAGUAGUAUGCCUUGCAAAAACGGAGGCAAUUGUUUGAUGUUGGAUAAUGUGAUGGUUCAAUGUAUAUGUCAAGAAGGAUUUAUUGGAAAAUACUGUGAAAAUGAAGAUAUGUGCAUAAAUAACCCUUGUCAAGGUGGUGGCACCUGCACCCCAACAGACCAUGGGUCAUAUGUAUGUAUUUGUCCUGAAGACAGAAAAGGACGGAAUUGCCAAGAAGAAGUACUUCAACGGUUAGAUGUCCCAGAAUUUAAUGGUACCUCAUAUGUAGAGCUUCCAUUGAAUGAUAGUGAUUUAUUAGACACAAUGACAAUAGCUGUUUGGUUCAAAACAACUAAACCAGAUGGAAUGUUAUUUUAUGCCAGUCAAUACAGUGGAGGUGAAGGCGAUUUUAUUGCUCUUAAUUUGGAAAACUAUUACGUAGAAUUUUCAUUCAAUUUAGGAGGAGGUACAACUAAAGUUAGGAGCUCCCAAAGAAUAUCAUUAGACAGUUGGCACAAUGUUGUUAUUAAAAGACACCACCGAACCAUUGAAAUGAUUAUUGAUAAUGAGAAAUCUGCUGAUGGAAAAUCAGAUGGUGUAGUUACCAAGUUAAACUUAGCUCAAAGAAUAUUUAUCGGUGGUUUUCGAGAUAUAUUUGAUGUUCCAAGUGAUACCAACAUUGAAAAAGGCUUGAAUGGUGCAAUUCAACGGGUCUAUAUUAAUGACAAACUAUAUGAUAACCUAAUCACAGAUGCUAUAGAGACAAAAGGAGUCACCAAAUAUAAAGGUCCUCCCUGCAAAAAGAAUCCUUGUUUAAAUGGUGGCAUCUGUGUUCCAAAGCUUCAUAUUGCUGAAUGCCGAUGCCAUAAACAGUUCACUGGUCACAAAUGCCAGAAUGCUAUUGAAACAAAAUCUCAACUGAAAUUCGAAGGAGAUACAUUUUUAGCUUAUCUAAAUGGACUAGAUCAUAAAAAAACUUCUCAACAAGCCAAUAAAUUCCGUCUACGCUUUAAAAGUAAGAAGAGAAGUGGACUCUUGUUCAUAAUGAAUCAAGGCAAUACUGUACGACAAGAUUAUUUUGCUGUGGCACUCGUGAAAGGGAAAAUGCAACUGAGUUACAACCUUGGAGCUCAAACAGAAGAAAACCUCCAUAUUAUUCGUUCUACAUUAAAAAUUAAAAAUAAUGAAUGGCAUGUCAUUGAAGUAGAAAGAAACCAAGAAGAAGGAAUUCUUAGAGUAGAUGAUGCUGUUCCAGUCAAAAGGUCUUCACUUAGUGGGGCUACAAAACUGGACACAGAUGGAGAAUUAUGGAUAGGAGGCAAAAAGAACCUUCCAAUGGGACUUCCAAAAGAUUACUAUGUUGGAUUUGAAGGUUGUAUGGAUUUUGUUGAAGUGGAUGAUCAACGUCUAAACUUGGUGUCAGAU